GUCUUGUUCUUUUUUAAACGUUUGACUAUGUUUUUAUUUAAAGCACUUUGAGUGAAAUUGGUUGUUGGGAAAGUGCUUCAAAAAUUAAAUUUGAUUUGAUUUAAAAUCUCCAUAAUUUGAGGUAUCUUUCAAUUAUUCAAGUAUGCAGGAAAUUUCAUGAAGACAGUUGAGUAACUCAUUUGAUGUUGACAUGUUUCCUGACAAGCUAAUGUUCAGGAGUGCUGACUUUAGCUAAACUGCUGACUGCAAUGAUUAAUUCUUGAGAUUUUUACCAUGAUUUUUCAAACUUUACAGUGCCUUGAUGAAAUGUAAUUUCAUUGGGAAAAACGUUUUCUUAUUUUGCAUAUGUAAUGCAAAAAUCUUCAGUAAAGACAAACUGAACAUUUUCCAAAAGAAGAAAUAAAAAAAUAAAAAAUUAUUAAAAAAAAUCAUGAAUCACUGCUCCCAAUAGUUAUUUCUCUAAAAGUCAUAUACCAUUUUGUGUAACGUGAACAUACGGAAAUGUGACUUUUGAUACACUAAAAGAAUGUUAAUCUGCUUAGGUCAUGAAAAGUCCAAUAUAUCCUCUUGUUUUUGCACAAAAAAGAGGAAGUUGUUGUCACUGUGGUAACUCUAUUUUAAGUUCAGGAAAUGUGACAGAAUUCUUAAGAAAAUGUAGCAACAUUCACUCCUUUAAGAACAUUGUUUUGCUCAGGUUUCUGUGCAGUUUUCAUCUUCUCUUCAACAUUGAUCUCUGCUCAUUGGUGGAAUAAGAAUGGGACACGCUUUGUUCUGUGAUUUGGAGUUAAUCUUGCUGUUUACUCUCUUCUACUUUGGACACAGUCAAAAACCGGUCCUGAGAGUGUCUCCAAGGUGGUUGAGUCCUGGAUCCUCAGUGACUCUGAGCUGUGAGGUUGAACAUGAGUCUGCAGGAUGGAGCUUCUACUGGUAUAAAGCUGUUCCUGAUCUAUCACACAAGUCUGGCUCUUACAGCUAUGAGCUGCUGCCUUCUAGCUCCAAUGGGAAUGCAGACAACUCCUACAUCAUUCAUGGACAGACAUACACAGCAGGAUAUGUGUGCAGAGCUGGAAGAGGAGAGCCACACGUCUACACUCUUUACAGUCAACUUCACUUUGUCUGGUCUGGAGAUCUUCAUCCAUCAGCGUCUCUUUCAGUGAGUCCUGACAGAGUUCAACACUUCACCUCUGACUCUGUCUCUCUGACCUGUGAGGGAAACUCUGCUGAGUGGAGAGUCAGCAGGUUUCUGUUUAAUGAAGCACUGUCAUUCUGUUCUAAAUGGGGAAAAAUGAAUGGAUCAACAUGUCAUGCUGGUGAACUAUGGUCUAUUACUGGAGUGUAUUGGUGCGAGUCUGGAUCUGUAUACAGCAACGCAGUCAACAUCACAGGACAGUAUCCUGCUGAGUCCUGUCCAUCCUGUGACUGAGGGACAUUCUGUUACUCUUGGCUGCAAGUGGAGGACAGAAAAUCUUCUUUCUAAAGUGUUUUUCUAUCAGAAUGACACAUUAAUCCAAAGUGAGAGCAGAGUGGAGAUGAUCAUCCCUGCAGUGUCAAAGUCACAUGAAGGCUUCUACAAGUGUCAGUCCUCAGGAAAAGAAUCUCCACAGAGCUGGUUAGCAGUCAAAUCAGCAUCCAGACCUGACAGCUCUUCACUUCCUGUUCUGUUGGUUGUUAGACCGGUUUGUGUCUUUCUACUGAUGAUUUUUCCACUGAUGUUUUAUUUGUACAAAAAGUCAAAAGAUUCAACCUCCAUCAGAUCUGAUGAACAAAAUCAGAAUAAAGUUCCAGAUGAAAAUGAUGCUGAACAGAACACAUAUGGAUCUCUGCUCCAUGGUGAUGUUGCUCUUUAUGAGUCACUCAGAGUCCAAGAAAACACAGAAAAUAAUCCAGAUUAUGUCACCAUAGAUGCUGAAGAAGAAUAAAGAAAAACUGGACUGCCUGAUUUUCUACUCUGGAUCUCCAAGAGCCCCACCUGGAUUUAGACUUCUUUGAACCCCGAAAAGUAAUGGACAUUCUUCGGCCACUUGGGUUCUCUGUAUUCACAGAUGUCUCCACUAAUAAGAGAGGGAUCACUGCACUAUAUAAAUGGCAGGUUAUCACAUUAAUCUAUGUGUUCUGUGUUUUGUGACAUCAGCAGCAGAGCCUGUGGCUGCAGCCUUAUCUAGCCAGUAUGAGUCAUCUGUAGCUAAACCGCUCCAGUGGAGGAACAGGAACAGUAACGGUUGCAGUGAGAGGACAAGUCUGUGUUUGAAUGUGUUUGAAUGGAGUGUGAUUAGUAAAACGCUUUGGUUCCUGAGUGAAUGAGGUAAGAUCUUUAGAAGAACACUCCAUGAUCAUUAUUUCAGAAUAAGAUCUGCUAAAGAAGAUGCUUUUGCUAAGAAAAGAAAUUUUAUGUAGUAAAAAAAAAUCUGUUUAUUUUAUUGAUGCAUGAACUAUACAUUUCUUAAAAGAUUUUCUUUAUAGUUUAUUUUCAUUUUUUAUUUUUUUUAGUAGCUUUGAAAAACAGUUUUUCAGAAAAUUACACAAAUGUUAAAUUCAGUGAACUGCAUGAGGCCUAACGUUUGCAUUUAUGAUUGUGUUUGUGUUUCUUGGAUCAUAAAAAUGUAUUUUAUUCUUUAAAAAAGUUUUUGUACAGUAUACUGUAAAACACUUUGCAGUAUUAUAUGCUUUUUACGUGUUAAAUGUACAUAGUCUAAAACAUGAUACAUGCAGCUUUGCAGCGUCUGUGUUUCAUUUAAGGAUCAACUGUUUAGCGUCACAAAAACAGUAAUUGUUACUCACAUAAACUGCUUUCCAAUAAGCACAAAACUUCAUAUUUUAAAAAUAAAGUCAAAAUGUUGGUGAAUUUGGUGAGAUUUUCCAUUUAAGAAUCAAAAAGGUGCAGAUUGUUUGUUGUUGAAAUCAUUCUUGGUGAUGAAAGUUCUCACCUUGACUGAGGAUGAUCAGAAAGAAUAUUUUACCCCCUUAGCCUUCGUGCUCUGUUAUGGGGUCCAGAUGACCCCACCCUUACAUUGAGGUGUUAGCCCUUCCAUGACAAAGGUGGACAAGACUUCAUAUCUGUCAUUGGACACCAGUAAAGAUCCACAAUCAUUGAAAAAAAAGUUCAGCGCAAUGUCUUUUAGGGUCCAGAUGACCCCACUUUUAAUGUAAACAAGCCCAGGAGAGGAGAAGAGUUAGUUCCCUUUGUAACAAAUAAACAAUGCUUUAAAUGGAUAAAAAAGUAUAUUACUAUUAUUAUUUUUUUAUCUUUCUGGUUCUUUUUGGUGUAUGAAGUAAGAAGACGUGAGCUGUGUUCAUGAGUUUGACCAUUUGUCAUCCAGCUAUCAGCGCCACCGUGUGGUCAAAUCACUGAAGUGUCUUCUUGUUCUUACAUUGUUACAAUGUUUUUAUUUGCAUUAAACUGUUUUUAUUAGUG